AGCCAUCACUCCAGCUUUCUGGCCGGAUGUGUCCUGAGACCACAGGCACUGAGGGGCUCGGGGGAGCUGGGAGUAAGCGGAAGUGGGCCUGAGAGGAUAAGGAAGUGAGCUCAGCACCAGUCACCCAGGACCACUCAGCUAGCAAGCAGCAGAGGCAGGAUCUGAACUCAGGACUGUGUGGAGAUGUUGCUGCUCAUGCUGCUGCUGCUCGUGCUGCUGCUGCUCCUGUCCACGUGCGCCUUGCUUGGGCAGCAGAUCUCCCUGGAGGCCCGGCCGCCCUGGCUCGCCAGCCUUCAGCACCAGGUGGCAUGGAGGGUCCUGAGCUGGGCAGCUGCGUGGCAGCAGCGGAGACUAGAACAGAGCACACUACGUGUGGAUGAGAGGCAGCAGCAGGCCCUGACCUGGUGUCUACAGACAGCCCGGGAACCCCGCUGUUCCAAGGGGAGCGCAGCUACAGACAUGAACACCUUCCAGAAUCAGCUUCCAUUGACCAAUCCCAGCCAAGCCCCAGAAGAGGAAAAUGAGGCCCACCUCCCACGACCAACCUCCAACCAGUACUCAGGAGAGGCCUCUCUGCAGGCCACCCUGCUGGGUCUUGUAGCCCUAAACAAGGCCUAUCCGGAAGUGCUAGCUCCAGGAGGGACUAUCUGUGUGACCCCCACAUCCCCAUGGCCCAGCCCUCUUCCCUGGCCUGGGCAUGUCCUGGACUGGGCAAGACCCCCAGGGGCCAAGGACCCUGAGGCCCUGCUACUGGUGGCACUCAGGUCCCCAGGGCUGAGGGCACUGCAGGCUGGGACAGCAGUUGAGCUCCUGGAUGUCUUCUCGGGCCUGGAGGUCAAGGGCGAAGAACUGACAGAGGCAAUCGCUGCUGGGAACCCCGGAGCGCCGCUCCCAAGACGGGCAACUGAGCUGCGGGAGGCCCUAAAGCAGGGAUCCCGAGGACUGGCCCUUCGGCUCUGGCCAAAGCUGCAGGUGGUGGUGACUCUGGAUGCAGGAGGCCAGGCUGAGGCAGUGGCUGCCCUCCGGGCUUUGUGGUGUCAAGGGCUAGCCUUCUUCUCUCCUGCCUAUUCGGCAUCUGGAGGGGUGGUAGGCCUAAACUUAUGGCCAGAGCAGCCCCAGGGGCUCUACCUCCUGCCCCCCGGAGCCCCUUUUAUUGAACUGCUUCCAAUCGAGGAGGGAACUCAAGAGAAGGCAGCUCCCACCUUCCUUCUGGCUGAAGCCCAAAGGGGCAAGGAGUAUGAGCUGGUGCUGACUGACCACAUCAGCUUGACCAGGUGCCGCCUGGGUGAUGUGGUCCAGGUGGUCGGUGCCUAUAAUAAGUGUCCAGUUGUCAGAUUCAUGUACAGGCUGGACCAGACGCUGAGUGUACGGGGAGAAAUUACUGGGGAGAAGAUGUUCUCUGAGGCCCUGGCCCAGGCAGUGGCACAGUGGCCAGGGGCUAAGCUAUUGGACCAUGGUUGUGUGGAAAGCAGCAUUCUGGACUCCUCCGAGGGCUCUGCUCCGCACUACGAGGUGUUUGUGGAGUUGAGGGGGCUGCGGAAUCUGUCCGAAGGAAAUCGAGAUAAGCUUGACCACUGCCUCCAGGAAGCCUCUCCUUACUACAAGUCUCUGCGGUUCAGAGGCAGUGUGGGCCCUGCCAGGGUCCACCUGGUAGGGUCAGGAGCCUUCCAAGCACUCCGGGCUGCCCUGGCCUCCUGCCCCUCGUCUCCCUUCCCCCCCUCCAUGCCCCGGGUUCUUAGGCACAGGCACCUGGCCCAGCUCCUGCAGAGAAGGGUGGUGUCCUGAGCCAUGCUAACCACAGUGCCCGCCUGACCUCCAGGCCUCAGGCCUCUCUGGAUGGAGAGUCCUAGGCCAGAGACUUUGAUUUGACAUUGGCCCAUCAGAGCCCCUGGGCCUGAUGGGAAAUGUUGGCGUUUGUCAGCUAAUUCUGAGGUCAGAGCUUGAAGACUAUCGCAGAAUGCAGCAGUGCCCUGGCCAUAUCCACCUCUGCUGGCUCUGGAGGACAUUACUGGAGGAUUCCCAGUCACACCAAUGGUUUCCUGCAUCUCUCAGUCCAGUGGUGUUCUCUGGCCAUUGUCCUGCACUUGAACAGUGUAUUGGGUGGGCCAAAAGGAAUUGGAGUUCAUGCCCUUCAUCAGUAUGGUACAGGAGUUGAUGAAUAAAGAGCUUAGCAUCAUUGUCUCUGAGUGA